AGUUUGAAUAUGACAGAAGACAAUAAGACUCUGGUGACCAACUUUGUCCUCAUGGGACUGACAGAUUGUCCAGGGUUACAGGUACCCCUGUUCUUAGUGUUCCUUGUCAUCUACCUCACCACCAUGGUGGGCAAUCUUGGACUGACUGCUCUCAUCUGGAAGGACCCCCACCUUCAUACCCCCAUGUACUUAUUCCUCAGCAGUUUAGCCUUUGCAGAUGCAUGCACUUCAUCCUCUGUGACUCCCAGGAUGCUUAUCAACUUUUUAUCUAAAAAUCAUAAAAUGUCCUUGGCUGAGUGUUUUACCCAGUUUUAUGUUUUUGGUUUCAGUGCAACCACAGAAUGUUUCCUUUUAUUAGUGAUGGCCUAUGACCGCUUUGUGGCCAUAUGUAACCCCUUGCUUUAUCAGGUUGUGAUGUCCAAUAGCGUCUGUUCUCGCUUUAUAGGUGUUUCAUAUUUUGUUGGUUUUAUGCAUUCAGCAAUUCAUGUGAGUUUGUUGGUUAGACUAACUUUCUGCAAGUCCAAUAUUGUAAAUUACUUCUACUGUGAAAUUUUACAACUGUUCAAAAUUUCUUGCACUGAUCCAACAGUUAAUAUAUUUCUGGUUUUAAUCUUUUCUGCCUUUAUACAAAUCUUUACUUUUAUGACUAUUAUCAUCUCAUACUUUUAUGUUCUCCUUGCCAUUCUGAAAAAGAGGUCUGAGAAAGGCAAAAGCAAAGCCUUGUCCACCUGCAGCGCCCACCUGCUCUCUGUGUCUUUGUUUUAUGGGACUCUCUUCCUCAUGUACGUGCGCCCAGGGGCUGGAACAACUGACAAUCUGGACAAAAUGUAUUCUAUAUUUUACACAAUAAUAAUUCCCCUAGUAAAUCCUUUUAUAUACAGUUUGAGGAACAAAGAGGUUAUAGGUGCCCUGAGGAGAUUAAGAAAAAAAUAA